UCCUUCCCCGAGGCUCCAUCUCCUCUAAAAGUUGCCGGGGGGCUCGGGCGGCUCCGCGGCGCGGGGAGGGCGUUCCGGCCGGCCGGGCAUGCCCGCCCUCCUGCGCUCGCCGGGGCACGGCGGGGCCGGGGGCCGCGGCACCAUGGCCCGGGACUGCGCCGCCCGCAGCCUGGACGGCAUCGACCUGGCGGCGCUGCGGGACCCCGCAGGAAUAUUUGAACUGGUGCAGGUUGUUGGAAAUGGGACAUAUGGACAAGUCUAUAAGGGUCGCCACGUUAAGACCGGGCAGCUAGCAGCGAUCAAAGUGAUGAAUGUCACCGAGAAUGAAGAGGAGGAAAUCAAGCUGGAGAUAAAUAUGCUAAAAAAGUACUCCCAUCACCGGAAUAUUGCUACAUACUAUGGUGCGUUUGUAAAGAAAAGUCCUGCAGGCCAAGAUGAUCAGCUCUGGUUGGUGAUGGAGUACUGCGGUGCAGGAUCUGUCACUGACCUGGUAAAGAAGACAAAAGGGAACUGUUUCAAGGAAGACUGGAUUGCAUACAUCUGCAGAGAGGUUCUUAGGGGCUUGGCACAUCUUCAUGCUCACCAUGUCAUCCAUCGAGAUAUUAAAGGACAGAAUGUUCUUCUUACAGAAAAUGCAGAAGUAAAACUGGUGGACUUUGGUGUAAGCGCUCAACUGGACAGGACUAUUGGGAGAAGAAACACAUUUAUUGGCACACCGUAUUGGAUGGCACCAGAGGUCAUUGCUUGUGAGGAGAACCCAGACUCUACGUAUGAUUACAGAAGUGACCUGUGGUCUCUGGGAAUCACUGCUAUUGAAAUGGCUGAAGGAGCUCCUCCCCUGUGUGACAUGCACCCCAUGAGAGCGCUCUUCCUCAUCCCGCGGAACCCUCCCCCAAAGCUGAAAUCCAGAAAAUGGUCAAAAAAAUUCCUAAACUUUGUUGAAAGCUGCCUUGUAAAAAAUUAUUUGCAUCGCCCAUCAACUGAAACCUUGCUUAAGCAUUCUUUCAUCCGAGACAUGCAGAAUGAACGGCAAGUGCGCAUCAUGCUGAAAGACCACCUGGACAGGACCAGGAAGAAGAAAGGAGAAAAGGAAGAAACAGACUAUGAUUACAGUGGAAGUGAGGAGGAAGAUGAGGAGUUGAAUGAAGAUGAAGGAGAACCAAGCUCCAUAGUUAAUCUCCCGGGGGAGUCAACUCUCCGACGUGAGUUUCUGAGGCUGCAGCAGGAGAACAAAAACCGUUCUGACCCUCAUCGCCAGCAGCAGCAGCUGAAGGACCAGGAGAAAUACAAGAAGCAGCUGCUGAUGGAGCGGCAGAAACGGAUCGAGCAGCAGAAAGAGCAGAGGAGGAGGCUGGAGGAUCAUCAGAGGCGAGAGCUGGAGCUACGAAGGCUGCAGGAGUGUGAGCAGAGGUGGCCAGAUGCAACGGCCCUUCAGAGGAAAGAGGAGAUAUGUAAAGAAGAUAGAAGGGCUGUGGAAGAUGAACGGUUCAUAGUAGAUGGACAGAGGAAAUUGGAAAAGAAGCAGGUGGAAGAUGGGCAGCACAACAGGAAGAUGCAUCGAACUCUCCCCAAAGAUCAGACACAGCUGCUGUCUCUCCAGCAUGACCACAAGCAGAAGAAGAAGGAGCCUCCCAACAGUUCAAAUUCUGCAGUGCAUCCUUCAUCAUGCAGCACAAGCAAAGAGGCUGAGGACCGAAAAAAGAAAGGUGACAGCAUCCAGCCUUCCCUCCAGUGGCCAGCGGUGCUGGGGCACGAAGCCACACCACACACCAGGAUGGGAUCUGGCAGCAGUUCCAGCCCUUGCACCCCUGCACCGCAGAGAGCCGUGUUAGUACAGUGUGAAAAUUUCCGAGCUAGUAAGGAUGUGUACCACAGCAGUUCACUGUCAGAUAUGGUGACGACACCACUCAGCCCUGUGCAGGAUGACGUAUUCUGGAGCAUGAGUCAAAAUGAAGAACCACCCCCAAAGGUUCCAGAAAGGACAACCUCUAAAUUUUACAUCAGGGAUCAGCCUGGCCAUCAGAGAUGCCUUUCAAGCAACACUCAUCAGUCAUCCCCCGGGGGACAUGCUCUGAAGCUAAACAGCAGCAACACUCCUGGCAACACACAGUGGGAGAUGGGAUCUCAUCAGAGCAGCCGGUCAACCUCAGGGAAUCCAGGACCGGCCAAAGCAGAGGACAUUUUGUCACAAAACCACUUUCAGCUGCAUAAGAAGUCUGAAAAAGUUUCUCAUCUGGGCCAGAUUGCAAGCCCAGUCUCCUUUGCCAAGGGGAAGGAUGGUGCCAGCUCAUUCUUAAAAGCAGCAGACUAUUCCUCAUCAAGUGACGAAGUCAGCAGCAGCGAUGAAGAUGACGUAAACCAUGCAAGGCAACUGCUAAGCAGCAGAGUGGCAGAUUUCUCAAGGACAAGAGUACCAGAUGGAAUUGAACUGAAACCCCAAAGCACCAUCGCAGAACAGAAGGAUCAGAUUUUAGGGAAACAGAUUUCUAGCACCCAAGAAGGCCUCUGGAGCCUAAACAACCAGAACUAUCUCCUGCCAGAUCUCCUCCUGCAAAGCCAAAUUUCAGACUCCUCUGUGAACCCGCCAAAAGUGCCACUGACGAGCCAGGAACAUCAGAACAAACCUCUGAACAAGACCCCGUGCACUGAAAGCACACCUUCAAAGAGCAGUACAUCAUCUACAACAUCGUUUACUUCAUUUAUAGAUCCCAGACUUCUGCCAAUCACCCCUCCUACCAGUCCAGUAGGACCUUCCUGUAGCUCUCCAUCUAGUGCAAAACCUGAGCCUGUCAGGAGAGAAAAUGCAAGGAAGGGCUCCGUUGUCAACGUCAACCCAACGAAUAUCCGUCCACAGAGUGAUAGUCCAGAAAUUCGUAAAUACAAGAAGAAAUUCAACUCGGAAGUCCUUUGUGCUGCUUUGUGGGGAGUGAAUUUACUGGUGGGAACAGAGAAUGGAUUGUGGCUGCUGGACAGAAGUGGGCAAGGAAGAGUUUAUUCACUGAUUACAAGGAGACGAUUCCAGCAAAUGGAUGUUCUGGAAGGACUCAAUGUGCUAAUUACCAUAUCAGGGAAGAAGAACAAGUUGAGGGUAUAUUACUUAUCAUGGCUGAGAAAUAAAAUUUUGCGCAAUGAUCCAGAGGUGGAAAAGCGCCAAGGCUGGGUGUCUGUGGGUGACCUGGAAGGCUGUGUACACUACAAAGUUGUAAAAUAUGAGAGAAUCAAAUUCCUUGUAAUUGCUUUGAAAAACUCAGUGGAGGUUUAUGCUUGGGCUCCAAAGCCUUAUCACAAAUUCAUGGCUUUUAAGUCCUUUACAUCACUUCAUCACAAACCGCUGUCAGUUGACCUGACUGUUGAAAGUGGACAAAGAUUAAAAGUCAUAUAUGGCUCACUAGUAGGUUUUCACGCUAUUGAUGUGGACUCUGGAUCUGUGUAUGACCUGUACCUUCCAACACACAUCCAGGGGACUAUUCGCCCACAUGCCAUUAUCAUCCUCCCAAAUACCAGCGGAAUGGAGCUUUUACUCACCUAUGAAGAUGAAGGCAUCUACAUUGAUAUAUAUGGGCAUUUCACCAAGGAGACUGUUUUACAGUGGGGAGAAAUGCCAGCAUCUGUAGCUUACCUUCAAUCUAAUCAGGUCAUGGGCUGGGGAGAGAAGGCUAUUGAACUGCGCUCUGUGGAAACUGGAAAUCUGGAAGGAGUAUUUAUGCACAAGAAAGCACAGAAGCUAAAAUUUCUAUGUGAAAGAAAUGACAAGGUGUUCUUUGCAUCUGUACAGUCAGGAGGCAGCAGUCAAAUAUACUUUAUGACUCUUGGUCAAAAUGUACUAUUCAACUGGUAAAUCACAUCAGGAUGAAUGACGCUUUGAAGUUCCAUGUAGGUAGCAGUGUAAAAUGCUUGGAGGUAAUAUACAAAAAUUUGCACUUUACCUACAAAAAAUCUUGUCAUUAUUAUCAAAAUUGAUUUUCUUUCAGUUUGGGAAGAAUUCCAUUUUCUCAUCAAAGUAUUGCAAACAUGUUUAGUUUGUUUUCUCAAAUAUGUUGCAAACCAAGACUGUAUUCACAGUGUUAGGAAAGAACAACAAAGAACAACUUCAAUGAAGAAUGUAGCCAAUACAAGCUCCUGUACUCUGAAGUAGGCAGGCAGCUGCAUUUCACCGCAGAGUGGUAAAAGCAGCUGCUUCUAAACACGUGCCCAACCUGGUAGAUUUUACAAAAUGCAGGGGACUGACUCCAUGGUCCUCUGAGGGCUGGAUGCCUGAGCCCGUAGACACAGUUACUGUAGAACGUGUUUGUAAAAAUGGUUUAAAUAGUACUUUGUCAAAAUCAUUUAUGCAUAUAAAGCAUUAUGGACCUGAAUCUGUAAUUGUUAUUCAAACACGGGACCCACAGACAUAGGAGUUGAUUUAAAGGCACUACCCGUGUACAUAAGGACACAGGAUCAGGUACCUCGUUUUCUUCCCUUCUUGCUCUUUCAGCAUCAGGUCUUCAUGCAUUUGUGUGUAAAUAUAAUCCUUCCGCAAUGGAUGUUAAGAUUAACAAAUGUAUUCUUAAUAUAGUUACAGAAAUAUCCAAAGAGUUAAUCUACUAUAAAUAGAAAAUAUAAGUAACUUCAGGUGCUUUCUAUGCUAAUUACAUCUAAAUAAAGCUGCAUCCACUAGUGUUAAUGGUGCCAGUGUUUCUGCAUAAACUCUGUUCUCAGGGGCUUGUAACUUGGCCAUAAAACUAUACAAGUAUAAUAUAUAUAUACACACUAUAUAAUUAUAUACUAUGUUUAAUUUGCAGGGUUUAUGCAAUCCUCAUUUACCUGAUUUUUGGAUGUGCUUUGAAAAUUUAAAGCAUCAAAUGAGUAAUACAAAAGAGCUCAUUCCAGACAUGAUACAGUAUGGAAAGCACUGUAAGCAAAACUGAAAUCGCUAGCUACAGUGUUUGAAAAUAGAUAUAUUUUACUUGAAAUAUGUGAUACUGAAAGGUGCAGGGAAAGUGCAUUGGAAUAUCUGGUCGUCUACCUCAAGGAUGAUGAUUCAAAGUUGACUAAGAAGGGGAGAAAUACAGUUGUUAAAACUGGUAGCUGUUUUGUACAGUAUGUCAGGUUAGGUUAGGGCUGGCAGUCAUGCUGUGACUGACAGGUCCUCAGACAGACCGCAGCCCUUAGCUCCAGAACUGGUAUCCUUGUAGAUGUCAGCAAAGAAUCAAACUAGGGGCUAUUCCCCCUUCCCCUCUUCCCUGAGUUGGCACCUCAACUGCUGCAGGCAGGUCUGAGAUGCCUACGCUGUUGCUGUCAGUGUUCUUUGCUAUAUGAAAAGAGUGCACUUUCCAAAGUUAUUAACCUAGCACUUUUCAGGAGCACUAGCUUAUCUCAAAAUGUAUAGUGGUUUUUAUGAAGUAUUUUCGUUUUAAAUGUUUUAAGUUACAGAAAAAUAAGCCUAAAGCCAUACUAGAAAAAUAUAUGCAGUUAAAUACUCAAAGUGGUUCUUAAGGUAUGCAUGCAAGUAAUCAUCUUGUGUGCAGACUUAAACUCUGAAUGGUAAACUGUGCUCAGGCAGAGCUGUGAGAAAACAGGAGGUGUCUGUCUGUAGUUAAUGUUCCUACCUGUUGCCAGUGCCAGGACUGGGGCAAACGAGCAAAACAGAGCUUGGCUCCCUGUGCUACAUAACACUGGGUUGUUUUGUUUGACUUUCACCAAAAACAAACAAACAAACCGCCAAACCUGUAACAGAAACAGAGAUUAAAGUUACAGGCAAAAAAGGUAAUUUGCAGACAAUCAGAAAUACAACUUACUUGGUUUUGACUUAACGUCUAAGAGACUGUGAAGAAAGAACAGCUUUCAUUUUGUACCCAGUAGAUGUGCAAAAUGUGCUUGCAGAAGUGCUCAUACUAUAAGCAAUCCGGGAUCCCUCUCCCAUUUUGGUGUCAACAGGUAGGAAAGUUAGGCACUAGGGAAAAAGAAUUUAGCAGAGAGCAGUGGGAAUUUAGAACAACCCAUAUCAACAGAUUAAAGAAACAAAUGUGAUCAAACUUGUUUAAUAUUAUUGCGGCAGAGAAGCCUGACAUAACCUGACACACUGUAAAGAUGUUUAGCUCCAUAAUAAGAGGGGGAAAAAAAGCAAGUUUGAGAGAAGGAACACACACUGUUAUACCAAGGUUUUAAUUUUUCAUUCUGUUUCCUUCUAUUAGCUCCCUUUCCAGCUAUGAUUCGAGGCAUUGGGUAGGAUUUUCAUUUGUCACUUUACAUGUAAAACCAUUGGAAUUGUUUGGGUUAAAUCCAUGUGUAAAUAUGGAAAGAAUGAGGCCCUUAGAGUUGAAUGCUUUUAAAGGACUUGGAAGUGGGAUUGUAUACAGCAAUACCAACUGGCUGCUACAAGGACACGACUGUGGUGUUUUCUCUUUGUCAAGAGAAAAUCAGAAUGGUUGAAGAUGAGAGAGACCAGAGAUGUUGAGGAGAGUAACAGAAGAGAGUGGAAGUGAUGGAAGAGGAGGGAAAAGACGAAGAAAAUACAAUGGAGUAGCCGAAAGGGAGGGAGUAGAUGUUUGGAACAGUGUAUUGCUGUAGGAGAAAUUAAGGAAAGGUUAAGAAAUGUUAAGGAGAAGAAAGUAACUAAAGAAACACAAAGGUAACUGGAGUGAAUGAGUGGUCUGUACAUGGAAUAGAGUUUGUCCUGAAUAAUUGUUCAACUCAAAGCAAAAGUUCAAAGGCUGGAAGGAAAAAAAAAAAAUUCCAGAGACCCAAGUUUAUUGUGACAUAAAUUCAACUAUGCAAAAUGUGUAUCAGGUUUGUAGUUUCAUUUUGUGAUGUGUUUCUCUAGCUGUACCCUUUCUCUAACUGUUAAAACCAAGCAGUGAAGUGCUUAACAGUGUCUUUUUCAAGUGAUGCCACUUUGAUGGGAACAAAUGCUAAAGGGGCAGAAGGGCAGAAUGUUAAGGAUCUGUGACCAUAAUUCUAAUAGCAGGUGGUGCUCCUAACAUUAUAUUUGCCAAACAAGGUUGCGCCAAUACUGAAGCAAGAUAGUACUGUAUGGACCUGCUUUCAUUUUAGGAAUGGUGAACUCUACUCUGCAGCCUGAACCUUGACUUUAAAACUGGGAACAGCGCGAGCUAUGUACUGUAUAUUAUGUAUUGAUCCCUAGCGUUGAAACUGUGCAACU